AGAGGGGCGGGGAGAGGGAAAGAGAGGGGCGCACGCGCACGCCACCCGGGUGCAGCCGCUGCCUCAGCUACUACAAGCCGCGGUCAGAGGGAGCGAGAGAGAAAGAGCGCGAGCAGCGGCGUUGCGAGCGUGAGCGAAGCCCGUCUCGCGCUAAGGGAGCCGCCGCCGUUGCACUGCCUGCCCCGCGCGCGUGCGCGCGCCCGUCGCCUGUCCAACGUUCGGCCGACCAGGCAACCUGAUUGGCGGGCGCCCUCCUCACCCUCAUUCUUUCUUUUCUCUCUCUCUCUCUUUCUCUCUCCGUUUUGUUUUUCUGUUUCUCCUCUCGUCUUCGUCUCGUCCUCUCCCCAGCGCCUCGGUCGGGCACAGGGAUUUUUUAAAAAAAAAAAAAGAGAGAGAGAGAGAGAACUUGAUAAGGCAUAGAUAAGAAAAGUAUCUUAUUAUUAUUUUCAACGAAGCCGAACCGAAGAUAAAAGAUGGUGGACCGCGAGCAGCUGGUGCAGAAAGCCCGGCUGGCCGAGCAAGCCGAGAGAUACGACGACAUGGCGGCCGCCAUGAAAAACGUGACAGAGCUGAAUGAGCCACUGUCCAAUGAAGAAAGGAACCUGCUGUCCGUAGCUUACAAGAACGUGGUCGGGGCCCGGCGUUCCUCUUGGCGAGUGAUUAGCAGCAUCGAGCAGAAGACCUCGGCCGAUGGCAAUGAGAAGAAGAUUGAGAUGGUGCGGGCUUACCGCGAGAAGAUUGAGAAGGAAUUGGAAGCCGUGUGCCAGGAUGUCCUCAGCCUCCUAGACAACUACCUGAUCAAGAACUGCAGCGAGACCCAGUACGAGAGCAAAGUCUUCUACUUGAAGAUGAAAGGGGACUAUUACCGCUACCUGGCGGAGGUGGCCACGGGGGAGAAGAGGGCGACGGUGGUGGAAUCCUCCGAGAAGGCAUACAGUGAAGCCCAUGAGAUUAGCAAGGAACACAUGCAGCCGACUCACCCCAUCCGGCUGGGGCUGGCACUUAACUACUCUGUUUUCUACUACGAGAUCCAGAACGCCCCCGAGCAGGCGUGCCACCUGGCCAAGACAGCUUUCGAUGACGCCAUUGCCGAGCUGGACACCCUCAAUGAGGACUCCUACAAGGACUCAACGCUCAUCAUGCAGCUCCUCCGCGAUAACCUAACGCUGUGGACAAGCGAUCAGCAAGACGACGACGGUGGCGAAGGCAACAACUAGACCCCGCUGAUGGACUGGCAGCCGCACGCCGAUGCUACUACUGCAGUCUUUAUUUUUUUUCCCACGAGUGGGGGGGGAGGGGGUCGGGUGGGGGAGGGGAAAAGGAGGGUUGACCUUCCACGGAGGCUCCCCACAACCUGUCUUUGAUGGCCUCUUUGACACUUUUGCCAAAACACCACUAGUGGAAGGUUGAGCUGGCUGUGCUGGUUUGGAAUGGAAUGGUAGCCUCACAGUGGCAUAGGGACUGUUCUGUAGACUAUUAAUUCAAGGGGAGCUGUCUUUAAGUUAUCUUAAUCGCUAGACAUACAUGAAGUUGACGAUGACUAACUUGAAUGGUAUGGCCCUCUCUCUUUUGUUGUCGGGGACUGUUUUUGUUUUUUUCUUUGUUUGAGAAGCAGUUUUGUGGUUCCAGUAAGGUUCCUAUCCAUCUCUCUUCAGUUCAGAUGCCUCACGCCCUUCCCCCUUUAAGGUACAGUUUAGGUAUGUCUCCUGUCUCUGCUACCUUGCUCCAAAGUUUGGAACACCAAUCAAUCGCUGUAGCGUAAUUUGAAAAGAAAAAGGCCCAGACUCAAUAACCAGAAGAGCCACCUUGUUAGGAUGCUUUAAGAUAGCUUGCAGUGUUAAAGCUCAGUUACAGUUUACAGUAUUUCUACAUGACAGCCAUAUUUGACAUCAAGCCAUUGAGUGUAAACUUGCUUGCUUUGCUUAUUAUCUCUGGCUUGCCAUCUUCCCCUUGCCUUGCGUCUGUGGAUGGGCUUUCCCUCACCUUGCUCAGUUUCCUAGAUGCCCGAACGCUACCCAAAGAACUUCCACCUUGUUCUUUUAGCCAUCCUAAUAAUGGGUGCUUGGUAAGUGGCCUGCAUAAAGUACCAAGAGCCCACAAGGAAGGGUUUCGAAUUUAAGUGGGCCAAGGAAGAGCUUUAGAAAGGUAACGCCAUUGGUCUAAUUCUAAUUCAGGUCUGUAUGGCUCAUGCUGUGCCCGGUGUCUUUCAAUGCCAUCUUGGUUUCUUCCCUUUAAUAAAAUAAAAUAGGAGGAAGGCAAAGGUGUCAUAACCCCUUCCUCAGGAACCAGUCUCCUUUGUCUUUACUAGAACUGGGUCUUUGAUCUGUGGGAAGCCGAAGUGGAAACCAUCUGGAGUGGUAGGAAAUCCCACAAAGAUGACAUGCAUCUUUUUAAAACGCGUACAGAACUAAAAGCUUAGGUGCUCUAGAACUUGUGCUCUAAAGCAGAAUCUGUUCACCCACAAGUCUUAAUUCCCUGGCAGGAAAUGAGAAAAUCAUUAUAGCUGAUCAGGUCGUUUCUGCCUUUUUUCCUUUUUUUAAGAAAGCAAAUCAUGACUGAUAGAACGCCGUUGUUUUCCUCCUUGGAUUAUGUUUUGGCAUGUAGCCUCUGUUCAUCAAAAGCUCCAUAGGCGGAAAAUGGCCUCUCGUGGUUCCCAUUGCACAACAACAUUUCUCUUCCUGUGUGGAAACGUUUUUGUACUUAAGCUUGGCACAGUGAACACAGGUGAUGGGGGUGAGUGGCCCGUAGUCCCAGAGACUGUCAACGUUUAAACCAAAUUGAUAUUGGCAAAACGCUAGCAAGUCAGCAUCCGUGCAUCCAAUACAGCUGCAUUUUUUAAAAGAAAAAGAAAAACCUUUCUCGCAGCGUGACAAUUUACACUCAGUGAUGUUUCCAUUUUGGGGCCACCUCAGGAAAGUGCCACGCUAAAAGCUUUGGUUUUUUUCAUACUGUUGGAUGUCACGAGGAGAGGCUUGCAACGUGGGUAAACUGAAACCUUUAGGAAGCGUCACAGAUGACUAGAGGGACAUAUUUUGGCUUCUCUUUAAUUUGCGAUCAUGUCCUGUGAGCCAUGUGCAUCCCUGGCUUGGAUUUGGAAGCGAUUUACUGGAAUUACAAAACCUUUCCUUGAUUUCCCCCCCCCCCCAAGCUUUUAGCUCUGGCUGCUUUAGGAAAACUUUAUGCAGGGGGGAGAGUUCGCACAAGAGGGCUAAAUAUGGAGGGGGUGGGUGGGGACUUUUGAGCAGCUUGAAUGGUUUCUUUCAAUUUUUUGUUAAAGAGAUGCACUUGCCUAUGAUAACUGUCUCUCCAGUGAAAUGAAUUAACUGCUCCAUUACUCUAUUGAUACAAUAUUGUGCAUGCCGGUGUUGUAUUUCUAUAAAGUAGCUUGAAAUUUAUUAACUUAUACUGUAGAUGUUAUGUAUUCCUCUGACAAAUAGUCUUCAAACAAUUUUUUAAAAGUUUUUUUUUAAUUUAUUUUAUUUUUCCUUUUUGGGGGUAAGGUUUGCUCUACCAAAUAGUGAUCGUAACAAAACUGAUCUGUUAUGGAUGUUGCUAUAGUGACAUGCAAUUAUAUAUGAUUUUGUUUUUUUAAAAAAACAAGGAAAGCAAAAGAAAACACCAGUCUUAGCUUAAUCUCAAUGUCUGGUGUUCGUCAUGGUGAAAUUAUAACUAUUACAGCGUAGGAGAAAAAUGACUGUGUUCUUUGAAUAAGCCUUUGUUUGUGCUUUUCUGUCAUGUUAUGCAGUGAACUCUUUUUAAGGUCUGAUCAGUGAUUAUUUUUCCAACUCCGUGUUUCUGUAAGGGAUUAUUUCACACACGGACCAUUCUUAGCAGUUUUCCUCAGUGAUGGAAUAUCAUGAAUGUGAGUCAUUAUGUAGCCGUUGUACACUGAGCAAAUAAACUUACAGAUCUGA